CCUCAUCUGUGAAAUGGGUAACAGUUUCUACCGGUAGGAAAAGCGAGUUGAUACACGUAAAGCCCUGAGAAGAGUGCCUGGAACUCUUAGCUCUGAUCUUUAAAAUCAGUGUGAAAACAAUGUUCUAAUAUGUAUUUUCUGACAACUUGAGCAGAAUUCAAGAACGAACUGGUGCUGGCAUUCAAGUUCCGCACCUAGAUUACAAGAGUCAUACAAUCUAAGGUUGGAGGAAAGACACAUAAACAGUCCCUCACUAAUUUUGCCAUUUUUAACUAUUUCAGACAAGGGAGGAGCCUCUAGCCAAGUGUUAAGGUACUCGGCAGCUUCAGGGGACUAAGCGACGGUGGGUUUGCGCCUAUAAACAAACUGAUGAAGUUUCGUUGCAAUACCCAGGUAUCGAUUAUAAUUUACGCAUUCUCAGCCCCCAACUCCUCAGGCUGAUAAGCAGGUCAUCACUCCAUCUCGAGUGGCCGGGGUCACUAGCACUCAGGGCACAACUUCAGCGCACGCCCAAGGCCCUCGCUCCAGCACACACUCCGAAGGGCCGCUGAGAGACCCGGCCCCCGACCUUCCCCAGCGCCUCGCCCAGCAGCCAGCCCCGUUUCCUUAACCCGUGCAUUGUCCUUGCGGAGCGCCCCGGCGGUUCCCACACUGGUGGGGACCGAGAGGAGGGACGAGGGAGGAGCUGGGGGAAGAGGAUGAGGAGGAGGAGGAAGACAACCUCCUCCCCUUCGCCCGGGCGACCAGCGAAGGUCUGGCGCUUUCUCCGGCCGCGAGCCCCGACUCCCGGGAGGCCGCGGCCCCCGACCCCACCCGCCGCAACUUUCCCGCGGAUCGCGCCCGCCUCCCCUCCGGGACCGGCCUGCCGGGCUCCCUCCCCUGGCGCCGGCCGCGACACCGCGGCGCCUCCUCCCAAAAUGGCAGGUCCCUCCCUCCGCCCGGCCGGCCUCGGCGCGGGCCCGGCUGCAGGCCGCGGGGGGAGCCGGGCGCCAGGCCGGGCGGCGCCGGGCCGGACACUCACCGGGACGAUGGCGGGGCGCUCGCGCCGCUCCCUCCGAUGAGAAAACAAAUCCUGAGUAAUUAAACAACUUUCCCAAGAUCAUGCCACCAGUAAGUAGUGAAGCCAACAUUCAAACCCAGGCUGUGACCACCAAGUCCGUCCUCUUUCCGCCACACCAAGGUGAUCCAAGAUCAUUUGGAGAUUGGAAGAAAAGGUCAUUAGAGUGAGCCCUAAUCCAAAAUGACUUGUAAAAUGGGGAAAUUUGGACAAACACAUGCACACAACCAGGAAAGACCCUCACAAUGUGAACAUCAUCUACAGGACAAGGAACACCUGAGACGACCAGGAGUUGGGAGAGACGUUUAGAACAGAUUCUCCCUCACAGCUCUCAGAAGGAACUAACCCCCCCAACACCUUGAUUCCUGACUUCUGACCUCUAGAACUGAGACAAUACAUCUGUUGUGUAAGCCACCUGGUUUUCGGUACUUUGUUUUGGCAGCCCUAGCAAACUAACACACAGGUGCUGGGUAUCUUUGCUCCUUUCCACAUCCGCUAAUUCUUGCAGAUACACUAUCCUAAGCCCAAAAGUUCAGUAGUUGGAAACUUGCUGGGAGUUAUAACCAGAACAUUCCAAGGACAAACAAACUAACCAAUAUUCCUUUGCCCCUGCCACCAGAUGAGAAGGUGAUCAAUUUACAAUUUGUCCCUGGACAAUGGCAUGGCCAGAAUCUGACACCCCUAGUCAUCUUACAGACUUCUGAGUGAAGGUCCAUGAUUGCCCACCCACGCCCCACACAAGUUCUAUUGAGUGUUCUGAUUUUAAAAGUAAUUAAUGUGUAUCAAAUGGAUUAAAAAGAAACAAAAUAAAUAAAAGCAAGAGAGGAGCCUUAUUUAAACUGAUAAUGACAGUAUGCCCUGUACCAAGAAGUUAAUACUUCUCUACACCUGAGGCCCAAAAACAAAAAAGAAAAGAAACACAUGGUCAUUACAAACAGUUUAACAAUAUGGGAAACAAUAAAGAGAUAACUAUAAAUAUGUUCAUCGUUAUUACCCUAAGCCUUAUUAAUACCUUCAUGUUGGCUUAUAUAUAGUCCCAGACUUUCCUAGGGAGACAUGACUGCAUACACACACAUAUAACACUAUAGGUACAUUUCAUGCUUUUUUUACUGACAAUCACAUUAGGCACACGUUAUUGUGUUGAUCAACUGAAAUUGAGAUGAUUAUUUAAAGAGCUGCAAGUAUACCAUCAGUUGAACAGGGCAUAAUUCAUUUAACUGCUCCUCUAUUUUUAAGGAAGUUUUUUUAUUAUAAAUAAAGUUGCAUAAACAUCAUAUAUCUACAUUUUACACACCUGUCCAGUAAUUUCCUUAGGAUAAAGGCAUGCAUCCUUAAAAAUCUUUGGUACAUGUUGCCAAAAUAUCACUUGGAAAUGAUUUCACCAGUUUGCAUUCCUAAGAGUAAUAUGGGAGAAUGGCUUUUUCCCAUACUCUACCACACUCUCUUGAUUUGAUUUGCAUUUCUUUGACCACUUAAUGUCUUCUUUUUUAUAUAUAUUUGUAGGCUAUUUAUGUCCUGUCUGUAUAUUCCAUGCUCGUUUGGGGGGCUGGGCAAGGUGUCAUCUUUUUACUGAUUUGUUUUUCUUUUAUUUUACUGCAAAAGAAAAAAAGGGAAGAAAGUGAAGAAAACUGUAAGGCAUAUGGCUAGUGAAUGAGAUGGACACCAGCCAUCCAUCACCCCAGUUUAGCUGUGGCCAUCUCUGUUCCUAAUCCUCCCGCAAGGGGAUGUAGCCCAGCUGUCUUCCCUGCCCUCACCCACCUCCUCCUGACCAGGCACCUGGGCUAAGUGCUCUACUACCACACUUCCGGCGUCAUCAGCUUGCUUACAAGGUGGCUUAUGCCAAGAUGUGUUUCUAAUGGUGCCAUUUUUAAAAAGGCCAACAUUCAUUACUUUUCUAUCAUGUGAGAAUGUUCACCAAUAUCAUUUCAUGAAUUAUCAUUAACAUUUUCUUUUCCUGUGACAUCAAGAUAAUGGUUAAAUAGAAAAUGUGAAAUUGUUAAAGUGCAUAUUUCACACUGUUUCACAAUAUCUUGAAACAGUAUUUUGCAACAUUUUGGCAGGACUUGAGAAGAAACACACCUUAAUAUAUCCAUUUGUACAUUAUAACAACUUCCUCGAAAUGAACAGGUCGAGAAAAAAUGCCCUAAAGAAACUGUAAAAAACAAUUAAGUACAAGGAAUUAAAAAUUAGGUACAGAAAUCUACAAAGUUCACUUACUUCCGUGGUUCAUUAGCUCAAAAGCCCUUGAGAGGUUGGCUUAUUUCCUUGGCUUUUUAAUGUAGGUAUCUAAUGGACAUCACUUAAUAGUCCCACCAUGUUUAUUGAUAUGUUCAUUUCUAUCAAAACCAACAGUUUUCUUGUUUUGGUUCAGUUCAGAACAAAAGAUACUUCUGUGGUUAUAGCAGUGUUAUAACUUCAGUAUGUUGUAUUUGUAUGCCGUUUUUUAAACUGUAAGUGCUCUUGGACAAGGAUCCUAUAUUUUCAUCUUUUAUCAGCAUCAUAUCUGGCCUACUAUAAAUACUGUUUUGUGUUUUUAAAUGAAUGAUGAGCUCCUGCUAUUUUCUUCCUAUUUUCCUCCAUCCUAUAUGAGAUUAUU